CAAAAAGUCAGACACUAUGGAUAAAUCAGAAGAAACACGUCAGUAAAACUGUAAAACAAUUAACAAACUGUACAAAAGAAAAAGUAACCGGCAAUAUCAGGUAAAGUUACGUUACAUUCUUACCUCACCCUCCACUGUAUUACCUGUAACCGGCAAAUUUCACAAAACCAGUCUGAUACGUGUACGAAUCUCAACCGUUAAGAAAAAACCUCAGCACCCAUUAAAAUAUCAUUCAAAUAUUACAACCACCGACCCAUACUCUCACUAACUCACUACUUCUUCCACACUCUCUCUCUCCUCUCUGUAGAAAUCUCUCUCAAAAAGCUUGAAAAAACUGCCAUUAAUGGAGUCGGUUAGAGCUGUACUGAUAUCAUUCGACAAACUUGUGGCGACGAUUUCAACCUACACACGUCUUUUUCUCAUCAGCAUUUAAAAAAGGAAAAAAAGUUUAAGGAUCACAAACGAAAUGCCUUUUUCUUCUUCUUCUUCUACUUGUCUUUUAACUCACUCUUUGUCUUAAUAGUUGACUCAAUUUAGGGUUCACAAAAAACAAACUUAAAGGUUACGCAUACUAAAGAUUCUUUUUGAAAUUUUCGAUUUAAAAGGAAUUGGGGAUUUCUUUUUCUUUCUUUUUUUGUUUUGGAUUUUGGAUUCUUAAAAUGACGGUGACGACGAAGACAUGGAAAGAAGAUUUGGCGAGUUUGGUUGAUGAUACAGGGAUUAAUCAUUAUUAUACGAAUGGAGGAGGAGAUGAUGAUGCGAUAGAAAUGAAUAAGACUAGGAUAGAUGAAUUUGUUGUUGUUGGAGAUGAAAGUGUUGGUGUUGAAGAACCGUUUAAAGAUCAGGUUAAAGAGUUUUUAAAAGCAUCAGGAGAAAUGGUGCUUGAAUUAGGGAAAGGUUGUAGAGAUAUAGUUCAGCAGAGUUUUGGUGAUGAGGUGAAAUUUGUUGUUAAGAAAUGUGAAGAUAAUUGGGAUAAAGUUUCAGGGAAGUUGAGUUUUAUGAAUGAUUAUUUGCCUGAAGAUCGAGAUCCUGCUCAGGCUUGGCCGAUUGUCUUCUUCGUCUUCUUCAUUGCACUCUCAGUGUUACUUGUAAAUACCGAACCUCGAAUUCCAAAGAUACCCCCGAAGGAAGUCUACUUACAUCCUCCUAGUGCUAGUCGUGUCCAGCUUCCAGAUGGAAGACACUUGGCAUAUCAUGAACAAGGUGUUCCAGCAGACAGAGCCAGAUUCUCCCUUAUUGCGCCACAUUCGUUCCUUUCUUCCAGACUUGCUGGAAUUCCUGGAGUUAAAGACUCACUACUCGAGGAGUUUGGUGUUCGCUUGGUGACAUACGACCUUCCUGGUUUUGGGGAGAGUGAUCCUCAUCCAGGAAGGAGUCUUAACUCAUCUGCACUGGAUAUCUUAGAUCUAGCAGAUGCUGUGUCUAUGAAGGACAAAUUCUGGGUAGUGGGGUUCUCAGGUGGGGCAAUGCAUGCUUGGGCUGCCCUGAGAUACAUUCCUGAUAGACUUGCAGGUGCUGCGAUGUUUGCUCCAGUUGUUAACCCAUAUGAUUCAAGUAUGUCCAAGGAAGAGAGAUACAAAACCUGGGAAAGAUGGACUGCCAGAAGGAAAUUAAUGUACUUUUUGGCUCGGAGAUUUCCUUCCUUUCUUAGUUACUUCUACCGCCGAAGCUUCUUAUCUGGAAAACAUGGACAGCUUGAUAAAUGGUUAUCACUAUCGCUUGGAGAAAAGGAUAGGACAUUGUUAGAGCAGUCGAGAUUUGAAGAAUUCUGGCAGAGAGAUGUUGAGGAAUCAGUUCGGCAAGGAAACCCAAAACCAUUCAAGGAAGAGGCUGUUUUGCAGGUGUCUAAUUGGGGUUUUAGCCUAUCAGACAUUCAGUAUCAGAAGAAGCUCCAAGGAAAAGGCAUCCUCCCUUGGCUCAAGUCCAUCUAUGGGAAAGCUGAAACUGAGUGGACCGGUUUUCUUAAUCCAAUACACAUUUGGCAGGGAAUGGAUGAUCAAGUGGUGUCACCAUCAACAACCGAGUUUGUUCACCGACUAUUACCAGGGGCCACUAUUCAUAAGCUUCCAAUUGAAGGCCACUUCUCGUUUUUCUAUUUCUGCGAUGAAUGCCACAGACAGAUAUUCUCUACUCUUUUUGGGACUCCACAAGGUCCUAUCAUUAUUCCAGAGCCAGAGCAACCUUCAACUGAAGAAAACUUGGAUCACAAUUCAACUCAAACAGACCUAGAAGAAGAGGUAUGCCUGACAGAUUUUAUCACAGAGUGAAGUGAUAUUACAAGCCAUGCACUAUAGCUUAAUAGAGAAAAGUUAUGUACAGACCAUAGUUCCAUAUUCCACUCCAUUUCUUGUGGAGCAAGGACAAGCUUAGAAAAUAUUACUUCCAACUUCUUGAUUUUGAUGGGGCAGAUGGGGGGUGGAGUCCACAUUUUUCAAUUGCAAAGUUAGAAGAUUAAACUAGGAUUUGCGCAGAAGGUUUAAUAAUUCUCAUUUUUUUCUUUCUCCUUUUUUACUUCUUACUGGGGAAGGUGAUAAUUCCGUUUUGCACCUUCCUUUUCUUUUUUUCUUUUUUCUUUUACAAAUGUGAAUUGGUAUUGCAUUUCUUUGAUAAGUAAAUUCUUCCUGACAUGAUAGUACUGUUGUUUCUGUUCUAUCUGAUUCUAUAUGUAGAAACAGAGAACUGCUUAAAUCUCCACAAGGAAUUUCAUA